AUGGCAACAAGUAGGAUGCGUAGGGUAGCUAAAGAGCUCUCCGAUAUAAAGGCCGACGCGGAUUUAUCCGGUAUCACUGCUAUGCCUGCCGACGGUGACGAUGACUUCACGCACCUCAAGGCUCGGAUACCUGGUCCUCCAGGCACCCCUUACGAGGGUGGGAGGUUUAUCGUGGACGUCAAAAUCCCCAACGAAUAUCCCUUUCGCCCUCCUGUUAUGAAGUUCGAUACCAAAGUCUGGCAUCCAAAUAUUAGCAGUCAAACUGGUGCUAUCUGUUUAGACACUAUAAGUUCCGCCUGGUCUCCCGUUCUCACUAUAAAGUCCACCCUUUUAUCUUUGCAAGGCCUCUUCGAAAGCCCUGAACCCAAAGACCCGCAAGACGCUGAAGUAGCCAAGAUGAUGAUAAACGACAGAGAAGCUUUCAAUAAUAAGGCUCAUGACUGGGCUGUACGCCACGCCCGUGCCCCUCCAAAUCCCAAAUACCAAUACGUGCAGCCGCGGCCCACCAUGGCGCCACAGCAGGUCGACGAUAGCAGAUACCAGGGCUACAACAAAGAUCUCAUUGAUAGAUUCGUCAGCAUGGGGUUUGAUAUCGAGCGAGUUGUAGAGGCUUUCCAAUUUGUUGGUAUCGACAGACUUGACGGUCAAGAUUAUGAGCUGGAGGAAGCAUACAUGGGUGAUAUCACAGCUCGAUUGUUAGGAGAACCUUAG